CUAUGGCUGAACAAGACAUUUGUCCCCACCUGGACUCCAUAGGACAGGUAACCAAAGAGGACCUCCUCCAGAAAUCCAAGGGAACUUGCCAGUCCUGUGGAGCAGGUGGCCCAAACCUGUGGGCCUGUCUGCAGAAUGAUUGCCCGUAUGUUGGUUGCGGAGAGUCCUACUCUGAUCACAGCACCCUGCAUGCACAGGCUAAGAAGCACAACCUGACCGUAAACCUGACAACGUUCAGGAUCUGGUGUUAUGUGUGUGAGCGGGAGGUGUUUCUGGAGCACAGGCCUGCCCUGGUGCCUGUACCUGCCGCUCCCCAUCACUGUAAAGCUGCAGAGCAGGAAGUGGCUCCUCAGCCAGUAGGUCACCCUCUGAAAGCAGUACCAAUUGCUGUGGCAGAAGAAGAAGGUUCAGAGUCAGAGGAGGAUGAGCUGAAACCCAGAGGCUUGACAGGAAUGAAAAAUAUUGGAAAUUCUUGCUACAUGAAUGCAGCUCUUCAAGCCCUGUCCAACUGUCCUCCUCUCACUCAGUUCUUCCUGGACUGCAGUGGAUUAGUGCGGACCGAUAAGAAGCCUGCUCUCUGCAAGAGCUACCAGAAACUCAUCUCAGAACUCUGGCAUAAAAAACGGCCCAGCUAUGUUGUCCCUACCAGUCUGUCUCAUGGCAUCAAACUAGUAAACCCCAUGUUUCGUGGUUACGCUCAGCAGGACACUCAGGAGUUCCUGCGCUGUCUGAUGGACCAGCUACACGAGGAGCUGAAGGAGCCUCUGACAGAGUGCAGCAUGAGCGGGGAGGGAAGUGACGGUGAGGAGAGAAGAGAUGGCGACCGCUCCCCGUCUGAGGAUGAAUUCCUGUCCUGCGACUCUGGCUCCAGCAGUGACAGAGGGGAGGGAGGAGGUGCGGGUGACGGCGAGCUGCUCGUGCAGGACGAUCCCGGCGGGGUGAUCUCGGAGAAGGAGAGGCUCAAGGAGCGAAGGGUGUCUGGCUCGUCCCUCCGCGGAGGCUCGCAAGAGAUGGAUGAGGACGCCGAUGUGGACACAGCGGCUGAGGAGGAGGCUCCUGAGAGGGGAGAGGAAGAGGAGCUGACGCCAACUCCAAACACUGAAGUCCAAAACCAGGAGAACAACCAGACAUCUAAUCCUGUGCAAGGGCAAGGCCAGAGCAGCAACACCUCAGAGCCAGACAAUGAAGCAUCAAUGACCCAGCCCCAGUCCACUCCCUGCAGUCCUGUGCGAACCCUUCAGGAGCUGCAUCCCAAACUGUCCUCCAGUCCGCCUCGCUCCAGCCCGCUUCGCUCUGCAGGACCCGCCUACUCCUUCAAAAAAGGUGAGGAAACGUCACAGGGUGCCAGGAAGAAGAAACAAUCUCACUAUCGCAGUGUGAUCUCCGACAUCUUCGACGGCUCCAUCCUCAGUCUGGUCCAGUGUUUAACCUGUGACAGGGUCUCUAAUACAGUAGAAACCUUCCAAGACUUGUCCCUCCCUAUUCCCGGUAAGGAGGACUUGGCCAAGCUCCACUCCUCCAUCCAUCAAAACCUUCCAGUCAAGACCGGCGUGUGUCCUGACACCUACGGCUCGCAGGGCUGGAUCUCCUACAUCAUGGACUCCAUACGCCGGUUCGUAGUCUCGUGUAUCCCCAGUUGGUUUUGGGGGCCCAUGGUAACGCUAGAGGACUGCCUCGCUGCCUUCUUUGCUGCAGAUGAACUCAAAGGGGACAACAUGUACAGUUGUGAGAGAUGUAAAAAGUUGAGAAAUGGUGUCAAAUAUUGCAAAGUGCUUCGACUUCCAGAGAUUUUGUGCAUUCACCUCAAACGUUUCCGGCACGAGGUCAUGUAUUCGUUCAAGAUUAGCAGCCACGUAUCUUUCCCGUUGGAGGGCCUUGACAUGCGACCUUUCCUGGCUAAAGAGAGUCCAUCCCAAGUCACCACAUAUGAUCUGCUGUCAGUCAUCUGUCACCAUGGCACUGCAGGAAGUGGACACUACAUAGCUUACUGUCAGAACGUUAUCAAUGGCCAGUGGUAUGAGUUCGAUGAUCAGUACGUCACCGAAGUCCAUGAGACGGUGGUGCAGAACGCAGAGGCCUAUGUGCUGUUUUAUAGGAAAAGCAGUGAGGAGUCAGUGAGAGAGAGGCAGAAGGUGGUGGCUCUGGCCAAUAUGAAAGAGCCCAGCCUGCUGCAGUUUUACAUCUCCAGAGAAUGGCUCAACAAGUUCAACACCUUCGCCGAGCCAGGCCCCAUCAGCAACCACACGUUUCUUUGUCAGCACGGAGGGAUCCCUCCUAACAAAUACCACUACAUAGACGACCUGGUUGUGAUAGUUCCACAGAAUGUGUGGGAGUACCUUUACAACAGUUUUGGAGGCGGCCCCGCAGUCAACCACCUGUAUAUGUGUGCCAUCUGCCAGGUGGAGAUCGAAGCUCUGGCUAAACGCAGAAAGAUGGAAAUAGACACCUUCAUCAAGCUGAACAAAGAGUUUCAGGCUGAAGAGGCUCCAACAGUGAUCCUGUGCAUCAGCAUGCAGUGGUUCAGAGAGUGGGAGAGCUUCGUGAAGGGCAAAGACAAUGAGCCGCCUGGUCCCAUCGACAACAGUAAAAUUGGUGUCAUGAAAGGAGGGCACAUACAACUCAAGCAAGGUGCAGACUAUGGCCAGAUCUCAGAGGAGACAUGGCAGUACUUAUUGGGUAUUUAUGGCGGAGGCCCUGAGAUUGCAGUGAGACAGACAGUGGCCCCGGCUGACCCCGACAGCCUUCAUGGAGAGAGAAAAAUCGAGGCAGAGACCAGAGCACUUUGAGAUGAAGAGAGGUCUUCUGAUUCCCUUUUCCACUUCUGCCCUCACAAGAUGCUGAGGAAUUUGCAC